AAUUGUUGCUCCGCUCCGCACCAAGUUGCAGUCCGCGGCUCUUCCCCCGCGAGGCGGCGGCGCGGCCGGGGCCGGGAUGAGGGGGGCGGCGGGGGCGAGGCGGGACGGCCCGCGGGCCCUGUCGCUGCCGCUGGUGCUGGCCGUGGCGUGCGCGGCGCGCAGCGCCGACGGGCCCAGCAACAUGUCCUACGUGAAGGAGACGGUGGACAGGCUGCUCCAGGGCUACGACAUCCGCCUCCGGCCCGACUUCGGAGGUCCGCCCGUGGACGUGGGCAUGCGGAUAGAGAUCGCCAGCAUCGACGUGGUCUCGGAAGUCAACAUGGACUACACCCUGACCAUGUACUUCCAGCAGUCCUGGAGGGAUAAACGGCUCUCUUAUUCUGGAAUACCUUUGAAUCUAACUCUGGACAACAGAGUGGCUGACCAACUCUGGGUGCCGGACACGUAUUUCCAAAAUGACAAGAAAUCAUUUGUCCAUGGGGUGACAGUGAAAAAUCGAAUGAUUCGACUCCAUCCAGAUGGGACAGUCCUUUAUGGCCUACGGAUCACAACAACAGCUGCUUGCAUGAUGGAUCUACGCAGAUAUCCUCUGGAUGAACAAAAUUGCACACUAGAAAUUGAAAGUUAUGGAUACACUACUGAUGAUAUUGAAUUUUACUGGAAUGGAGGAGAGUCGGCAGUAACGGGAGUUAAUAACAUCGAGCUCCCACAAUUUUCUAUCGUUGAUUACAAGAUGGUAUCAAAGAGAGUAGAAUUUACAACAGGAGCAUACCCUCGAUUAUCACUUAGCUUCCGGCUUAAAAGAAAUAUUGGAUACUUCAUUUUGCAAACCUAUAUGCCUUCCACGCUGAUCACAAUUCUGUCAUGGGUAUCUUUCUGGAUCAAUUAUGAUGCCUCUGCAGCCAGAGUUGCUCUAGGAAUCACAACUGUGCUGACCAUGACCACCAUCAGCACCCAUCUCAGGGAGACCUUGCCAAAGAUUCCCUACGUCAAGGCAAUAGAUAUUUACCUGAUGGGAUGCUUUGUGUUUGUGUUUCUGGCCUUGCUGGAAUAUGCCUUUGUAAACUACAUAUUCUUUGGGAAAGGACCCCAACGUCAAAAAAAGGCAGCAGGCAGGGCAAGACAAGUUACAGGCAAGAAGAGCAGACUGGAAACAAAUAGAGUCCAGGUUGAUCCCCAUGGAAACAUGCUGCUUAGCCCACUUGAAAUACGAAAUGACGUCAGCAGCUCAGAUGUGUUCACGAGCCUCCGUGACCCCCGAGCCACCACGUACACGUACGACAGUGCCAACCUGCAGUACAGAAGAGCCACUUCCAGCAGAGACCUCUACAGUAGGAGUGCUCUGGACAGGCACAGGCUUCAUAAAAAAGGACGCUUACGAAGAAGGGCAUCCCAGAUCAAAGUCAAAAUCCCUGAUUUGACUGAUGUUAACUCGAUAGACAAGUGGUCCAGAAUGGUCUUUCCCAUCACGUUUAUUCUUUUCAAUGUUGUUUACUGGCUGUAUUAUGUCCACUAAUUUAUGCAAUAACGUUACCAUAGACUAACAUAGACUUGUUUCUUUUCCUUCUCAGUUUUGUUAACUCUGAAGAACUGCAGUAGCCAUAAUGUUACAUGUUCAGGGUAAGAUACCCAGCCAUCGAAUCCUUCUAGAUUUAAGCUUUCAAAAAAAAAACCACCAACCCCACCAACGCAAAUCCAGCCUCACCACAUUCAGAUCAGAAUAGUAGAGAUCUGCUCUUAAAGAGCAUCUUCAGCAAAAGCGCUAUACCUCUUUUUUUACAAAGUUUGUGCAUCACCCGUGACCUUUCUGUACCCACUUUUACCUUUUUUUUAAGUGGAAUAAAAAUUAGUCCUACUGUAUUUCUUACCACAUUGGCAGCCCACAGCAGCAUGCUUUCAAACAAGACAGUAAAACAACUCAAAGUGGUAGUUAUGUCACAGUCUUUCAGCAUUUAGAGUAUAGAGAAAUUUGGAGAAAUAACUGUUUAAAGGGUUAUAACUAUUACAUCAUGCAUCAUUUUAAAGUUAAUAGUUAUACUAGGAAGUUUUUCCAUAGUGUCUGUGAGAAGUGUCACUCAAGGAAAAGUCAAUUCACAUUUUCAGAGGCAGAGAUCUUCAAAAGAAAGAAAGGGUAGCAGAGACAAAACCCACUGAGUUUUCAACUAAAGAAUCAGCUGAUUGGAUCUAACUGGAAUUUUGUUAUUUCUACAAAGUAGCAAAGUUGAAAUUGAUGAGAACAAUUGUGUCAUCUGUAAUUUUGUAUUAAAAAGUAGAAAACAAA